GUGAAUGAGGCUCAUUUGCAUUUCAACAGCCAUGUGUGAUUGCAUCUUUGACUCAAAUCAUGCUGGCUUUCAUUAGUGUCCUUACAAGUUUCUGUUUACUGCUGUUUGGAUUGAUCGAGCAAAUAGCACCCAGGCUAAGCAAACACUGAAAGGAACACACACAUCUCAAGCCUGAUUCUUUUGUACGAGUGGCCUUCUUCAGAAACCAGCCAUCCGAAGGCUGUAAUGAAGGGCUUUUGGAUUCGUCGCCUGCGUCUCUAAUGUUCAGAAGUGCUGCUGUGCGGAAAGUGGGUUUCGGUAUUUAAAACAGGAACUUUGAGAAAUAUUGUAGCUGUGCUCAUUAAAGUUUUAAAAAAGUCACUUCAUUAUAUGAGCCAAGCUUAGUUUCAACACAAACUAGCACCUUUAUUGUGCGAACUGCGUGUCUGGUAGCACACGCCUCCACAGGUCGCGCUCAACUGUGGCUUACUUUCUCUUCACAGACAUCUCAAUCCAUCUGUUAAUGGUUUAAAAAGGAGCUGAGUUAUAAAGAAAGCUAACCAAAAUGUCUCUUUCUUUGUUAAUGUGCCAAAACAGCCAGUCUUUGGGUCUCCAGCUGUGAGCAUGGACGGCAGCGGUGGCAAACGCCUCAGCACUCCUGAGCCCACGUGUUCCCUGGAAAAUGUCACCAUGGAGAAUUCCAGCAUGGGCCAAAUCUACGAAGUCAUGCUGCAGUCGACGAACGCAUCGAAGCGCAGUCCUCAGUUUGUUGGCGUGGAGCUCCUUCAGUCUUUUAAACCCCUCAUCAUCCCCUGCUACGCUCUUGUGGUCCUGGUUGGCGUCUUUGGGAACUACCUGCUGCUUUACGUCAUCUGCCACACCAAAAAAAUGCACAACGUGACCAACUUCUUCAUCGGUAACCUAGCGUUUUCCGACAUGCUGAUGUGUGCUACCUGCGUGCCCUUUACCCUGGCGUAUGCUUUUAAUCCUCGCGGGUGGGUUUUCGGAAGAUUCAUGUGCUACCUGGUGUUCCUGAUUCAGCCGGUGACUGUGUACGUGUCAGUUUUCACACUGACAGCUAUCGGGGUGGACAGAUACUACGCUACUGUUCAUCCACUGAAGAAGCGCAUCUCAGUUCUGGCCUGCACGUAUCUGCUCUCUGGGAUCUGGAUUCUGUCGUGUGGACUGGUGGCUCCUGCCGUGGCCCACACGUAUCAUGUGGAGUUCAGAGAUGAAGGGUUUACCAUCUGCGAGGAGUUCUGGAUGGGUCAGGAGAAACAGCGGCUAGCCUACGCUUACAGCACACUCUUCAUCACCUACGUUCUUCCUCUCUCCGCUCUUUGCAUCUCCUACUUGUGCAUUUCAGUGAAGCUUCGCAAUUGCGUUGUGCCAGGUCAUCGUACCCAGAGCCAAGCAGAAGCCCAGCGGGCUCGGAAGCGCAAGACGUUUCGCCUGGUGUCCUUGGUCGUCGCCGCUUUUGGGAUCUGCUGGCUGCCGAUAAGCGUCUUCAAUGUUUUACGGGAUAUUGAUAUAGACCUGAUCGACAAGCGCUACUUUCUUCUGAUCCAGCUCUUGUGUCACUUGUGUGGAAUGAGUUCGUCUUGUUGUAACCCAUUUUUAUAUGCAUGGCUGCACGAUCGUUUCAGAGCCGAACUGCGCAAGAUGUUCACCUGUCAUCGGCGGAUUGGCAUCGGGAUUCCUGCCAACAACUGUGCCACCGCUAGCGUGGUCCUCUGACAGAAAAAGAGCACGUCGAGUUAGUUCGAAGACCACCGUGGCUGGCAAAACACUUGGGUUGGAAAUCUGCAGAAAACCAAAGUGUUCACAUCGGUCCUGACCAGAACUCUACCAUCUGUAAGGUUCCUCCACAUGCAUCCUGUUUUAGAUGGACACAGAUGGUAUUUCUUGGACGUGCAAGCCGUGUGAGAAAGCUGUUAGAUUUAGCCACAAGAUUUCACCACGCUGUCUGUGAUCUGAAUAUGGAGUAUCUUGGAAGGAAACUGGACGUUGGUCUCUUUACAGAGAAAUAGUCACUAGAAAUACUGAAACAGAAACAUAUCCAGCUUUCAAAGCAAAGCAAAUGCUUCAGCUUUAAAAGUGAAUCACAGCUUGUUUUUACUGCGGUUGGAUUAAAAUUGUUUAAACUGCAUGUGUUUCUACAAGAUGUCACUGAAGAUAUGUUUACACCAAAACAGAUCAAAUAUUUGAAAAGAACACAUGGCCUAGAAGUACUGUAUGAAAUAUUCAAAACUUUUACUAAUUAAAAGUUUGCAGAACUUUUUAGGCCUUAAUUGUUUUUCUCGUGCUCAUAAAGUGUGGAAAAAAAAUACAAAACUUAUUGUUUUAAUGAAUGAAGAGAGUCUGGACUGGUGGGUGUUUUGUACUGAAGCUUGAAACCCAGUAAGAAGACAAUCAUUAUUAUCGCAUUGAUGUAGAUGGGGAAAAAAUGAUAUUUUGUGCUUAUCAGUCAAUAAAGUGUCCUCACUAUGGAGUGAUUAUUUAAGAUUAAUGAAAUAUUUGGACAUAAAGACACAUUAUUGGAUAAACCAAAUAAUUUCUUGUUGUUGAGGUAAAUGAAUACAGUUUGAAUAUCUCUGUAACAUUAUGUUUUCCAAAAGAAAACCAAGGAUUAUUGCUCAUUCAUAGGUUUAAUGAUCUGUACAAACCUCCAGAUGUUACUGUUUGUGCUAGAGAUGGAUAAUGGAUGCUUAAGUGAAGUACAGAAUAUAAUGUUUUUGGACACAAUUGCGUGUUAUUUGCAAUUAA